AUGCGUACAUUAUCUUCUGUUCCGAGGAAAAGGGUUUCAUUCGCGCAGCCUCGGCUGCUGUAGCGCUCCGGACGCUACGCCCCGCGCAGGCGCAUACUGCCUCUGAUCCAGGACCGGACAGGAAGGGGUGGGAAGUAGAGACGAGGUCUCCCGGCGCCACUGCCUGGAAGCGGCGCGAGGACCGGCGGGAACAUGGCCGGGGCGCGGGGCAGACGGCGCGCAGGCAUGGAAGCAGGCGCCCGAGUGAGAAUCGGGAAGAGGCCCGCAGAGCAGAAGUCCGAGCUGCAGGAGGCGGGGUCCAGCGAGGAGCUGUCUCUCUUCACUCGUCCAGACCUCAAUCAGAUUGCUGCAGACAGUGAGUCUGACUCAUCUGAUAGUGAAGAGAGUGUGUUCUCAGGACUGGAGGACUCUGGCAGUGACAGUAGUGAGGAAGAUGCCAGCAGUAUUGAAGAUGGACAAUCCAGGAACAUCCCAAAGAUCACUCAGGAAAAGUCCCAGGCUGGUGCCACCUUGCAGAACACAAAGGAAGACAGUAACCAGAGCCAAGAACCAAAGAAAGAAGAUGAGUAUGCAGAAGACAGCUCUGAUGAAGAGGACAUCCGCAACACAGUGGGGAACGUUCCUCUGGAGUGGUACGAGGAUUUCCCCCACAUCGGCUAUGACCUCGAUGGGAAGCGGAUCUAUAAACCCCUUCGUAGCCGAGAUGAACUUGAUCGCUUCCUGGACAAGAUGGAUGACCCAGACUACUGGCGGACGGUACAGGACAAGAUGACGGGGCAGGAUGUGAGGCUGACGGACGAGCAGGUGGCCCUGGUACAGCGGUUACAGAAGGGGCAGUUUGGAGAUGCCAGUUAUAAUCCCUAUGAGCCAGCUCUCGAUUUCUUCAGUGGGAGCGUGAUGAUCCACCCAGUGACCAACCGUCCUGCUGACAAACGAAGUUUCAUCCCGUCCCUCAUUGAGAAGGAGAAGGUCUCCCGGAUGGUCCAUGCCAUUAAGAUGGGUUGGAUUCAGCCCCGGCGGCCAAAGGACUCGACUCCCCGAUACUAUGAUCUGUGGGCCCAUGAGGACCCCAAUGCCAUCCUGGGGCGCCACAAAAUGCACGUUCCUGCGCCCAAGCUGGCGCUGCCAGGCCACGCUGAGUCCUACAAUCCGCCGCCAGAGUAUUUGCUCAGUGAAGAGGAGCGACUGGCAUGGGAGCAGCAAGAGCCCGAGGAGAGGAAGCUGAACUUCUUGCCCCGGCAGUUUCAGUGCCUGAGGGCGGUGCCCGCCUACAGCCGCUUCAUCCAUGAACGCUUCGAGCGCUGCCUCGACCUUUACCUGUGUCCCCGGCAGCGCAAGAUGAGGGUGAAUGUGGACCCUGAAGACCUGAUCCCCAAACUGCCCAGACCCCGGGACCUGCAGCCUUUCCCUACCACCCAAUCCAUGGUGUACAGGGGCCACAGCGACUUGGUGCGAUGCCUCAGUGUGUCCCCCAAUGGCCAUUGGCUGGCUUCAGGUUCGGAUGACCAUUCGGUACGACUGUGGGACGUGUACGCUGGUCGGUGUCUGAAGACGAUCCCCGUGUCUGGCGUGGUGAAGAGCAUCGCCUGGAAUCCCAACCCUGCUGUCUGUCUGGUAGCUGCGGCCGUCGGAGACACCGUGCUGCUGCUGAAUCCGGGUCUGGCUGACCAGCAGGUAGCUAGCAGCACGGACCAGCUGCUGAGUGCGUUCUCGCCCCCCGAGGAGCCCACCCGGCAGCCUGUGGAGUGGCAGGAGGCUUCAGGGGAGGAGCGAGAGCAAGGCCUAAGAUUGCAAAUCCGUCAUCAUAAGCCAGUAAAGCAGGUGGCCUGGCACGGACGUGGGGAUUACCUGGCUUCUGUGGUGGCAGCCGCCGAGCAUACACAGGUGUUGAUGCACCAGGUGAGCCGCCGGCGCAGCCAGAGCCCCUUCCGGCGAAGCCACGGUCAGGUGCAGUGUGUGGCCUUCCACCCCUCUCGGCCCUUCCUGUUUGUGGCUUCUCAGCGCAGCCUCCGCCUCUACCACCUGCUUCGCCAGGAGCUCACCAAGAAGCUAAUGCCUAACUGCAAAUGGGUGUCCAGCUUGGCUAUCCACCCCCAAGGAGACAACGUGAUCUGUGGCAGCUAUGACAGCAAGCUGAUCUGGUUUGAUCUUGACCUCUCCACAAAGCCCUACAAGGUGCUGAGGCACCACAAGAAGGCCCUCAGAGCUGUUGCUUUCCAUCCAAAGUACCCACUCUUUGCCUCUGGAUCUGAUGAUGGCAGCGUCAUUGUGUGUCAUGGCAUGGUCUACAAUGACCUCCUACAGAAUCCGCUGUUGGUGCCAGUGAAAGUUCUCAAGGGCCACACAAUGCACCGGGACCUUGGUGUGCUCGAUGUGAGCUUCCACCCUACGCAGCCUUGGCUUUUCUCCUCUGGCGCAGAUGGCACCCUUCGACUCUUCACCUAGAGAUGAUGUGGGGUGGGGUGGGAUGUUAAAGGGACGUUCGUUUGUUGGCGUUGGUCUUGCCUCUGUCUAGGUGCUGGGAUUGGCAAGAAGAGUGAAGCAAGUCAAAUUACUCAGAAGGCUGACUGACCCUUUGAUGUCACGCUCUGAGUCUUCUGCUGCACAUGCAAUAGAAUCUCAUUGUUGGGAAGGGCCUUCGCCAUCUGCUUCAGGGCUUCUUCAUUUUUUGGUGUCGUAGACCCCUUCGGCCAUCUGGUGAAGCCCAUAGGCCUCUUCUCAGAAAAACAUGCUGUUAAUGAAUAAAAUACAUUAGAUUGCAA